AUGGCACCCAACGAGGAGACUGACUUGUCUGAGGUAAACCAAUGCCUCAUGAGUACUGAAUGCUCUGUGUUGCUGAUAGGAAGCCAAGGACUAAGGAAGUUGAAUAAGGACCAGCAGCCCCAGGUGGAGGGGUGUCAUGGGCAGCUCUGUGCUCCCAGCACCGAUGUGCCAGCAGUGAGCACUUGCAGACACGGGAGCUCACUACCAUCCCGUCUGGCUGACUCCCCACGGGCAACAGGAGUCCUCACCCUGGGAUCAUUCCACAAUCCCACGGCUCCAGCUCCCAGCUUCCGUGGACACCAGUGGACUUACAACCCUGUCCGAGGGUCCUUCCUGCUUCUGCUGCUGGUCCUGUCAAAUCUGCUCCUGUGCCAAGGCAACAUAUGCCAGUCCUGCGGUCCUGAUGUAUUUGGCGUCCCCCUGAAUUUCCUUAGAAAAAUGUUUAGCCGUGUCUCCAGGCUGUCCCAUGACAUCCAUAACCUAUCCACAAUAAUGUUCCAUGAGUUUGAUGAAAAGUAUUCCCAGAGUAAACCAGAUUAUAUCAAUGCCACCUACGACUGCCACACCAAUUCAGUCCAUGCUCCUGAAGAAAGAGAAAAAGUCCAACAGAUGAACAAUGAAGACCUUACUAAGUGGAUACUCACCUUACAGUACCUCUGGAGAGAUGCUCUGUAUGAUCUAGCCCAUGACGUGCGGUUUAAGAAACACCUCUCAGAUACUAUCCUAUCAAGUGCCAAAAAGAAUUUUAAAAAAUUAUUCAGACUUCAAACAAUAGAGAUGCGAUUCAGCCAGAUUGUUGAUCCAGUCAGAUCGAAGUUGACCAAGAAUCGCAUUUACUGGUCAGGAUACCGAUCCCUGGUGUCCAGCAAUGGAGAUAUGCAUCAUUCUGCAUUUUAUAAGCUGUUCAAGUGCCUGAGCAGGGAUUCCCGUAAAGUUGACAUGUACAGCAAGAUACUGGCGUGCAGAAUCAGCGACGAGUGCUAA